CGGAGGAGUCUAUAAAUGAGCAUAUUUAUCUGAUUUACUUCUAGUGUUAUGACAUAGAGAAUUGUGCAAUGUGUAAAUAGGUCCUUCAGGAUGAGACAUCAACUAAGCUUGGUGUUAUUUGUGGGCUGCGUCCUCAAUAUUAUAGAAGUCAGAUCAGAAAGUACCACCGAACCAUUAGCAACAACUCCCCUUGGGCAGGUUAAAGGAUCAGUAAUAACUUCUAGAUUAGGAAAAGAAAUAUAUUCAUUUAGGGGAAUACGCUACGCUAAACCACCCAUUAAUGACUUAAGAUUUAAGCCUGCAGUGCCCGUGGAAAAGUGGGAAGGAGUUUUAAAUGCCACUCAAGAUGGUCCUCUGUGCCCACAACCAUCUACAGAUCCUGUAUCAGAAGACUGUCUAAUUAUAAAUGUAUAUACCACAAAACUUCCAAAUGGUGGCGAAAAAACCAAAUAUCCAGUACUCGUAUACAUUUAUCCUGGAGGUUUUCAUAGUUUUAGUGGUGAUAGCAGAUGGGCAGGACCAAACUAUUUUCUAGAUGAAGAAAUUGUAUUGGUAACCUUUAACUACAGAAUAGGAACUUUAGGGUUUUUAAGCACUGGUGAUAAGGAAGCUCCAGGAAAUAUCGGAUUAAAAGAUCAAGUAGAAGCACUAAAAUGGGUUAAACAAAACAUAGAAUCAUUUUGUGGCGAUCCGGAAUCGGUAACUAUUCUUGGGUAUGGGUCUGGUGCUUGGAGUGUCGUUUUACAUCUUGUGUCUCCAUUAUCUCAAGGACUAUUUCACAAAGCAGCAGCAUUAAGCGGUUCCCCUGUUGGUGCAUGGUCACUUCCCCACAAUCAGUUGGACAUAGCUAAAAAACAGGCCAAAUUGGUUGGUUGUCCAGAUGAUAAUUCUGUAAACAUCGUCAAGUGUUUAAAGACAAAAUCGUACCACGAACUAGGAGAGUCGCUGCCCAAAUUCAAAGAAUUUGGCACUGAUCCGAUUAUGAUUUGGUCUCCAGUCAUUGAAGCAGAUUAUGGUCAACAAAGAUUUUUACCAGCCCAUCCAAUACAUCUUAUAACCAAUGGUCAAUUUAAGCAAGUUCCAUUUCUAACCGGACAAACCAAAGAUGAGUUUGGAUAUUUAGCAUUUAGCAUUAUUCACAAUGAGACUCUUGUCAAAAGCAUUAAUGAAAAAUUUGAAGAAGCGGCACCCAUAGCUUUUAUUUACGAAAGGGGGUCUGAUUUUUCAAAAACAGUUAGUAAAACCAUAAAAACUUUCUAUUUUCAAGAUAAGGAUGUCGAUUCGUCAAAAAUAGCUGCAUUAGCACAGGUAUAUGCUGACAGCUUAACUGGAUUUGGUGUUAAUAGAGCUGCAAAACUAAUCUCUCAGUACAGCAAUAAAUCUGUAUAUUAUUACCAGUUUAGUUACCAAGGACGAUACAGUCAUUUCUACACUCCAGAAAGCAAUAAUACUGUUCCUUAUGGUAUUGUCCAUGGCGAUGACCUAAUCUACCUGUUUUAUAUUCAAAAAUUUUUUCCGCUGUUUACUGAAAGUUCUCCACAAGAAAUUGAAAUGGUGUCAAAAUUGACGGCUUUAUACGCAAAUUUUGCCAAGACUGGAAAUCCUAUACCAACUCCAUCGGAAAAAUUAGAUAACGUCAAAUGGGAGCCAUUUACAACAAAAGAAGAAAAGUACAUGGAUAUCGGUAAUAAGCUGGUAAUGCACGAAAAACUGAACGAGAAACGUUUCGAAGAAUGGGAAAAAUUAUAUCCGUUAAGUAUGUACCAAAAGAAUAAGAAUAGCCAUUAAAUUGGCUAACACAAUAAUUAAUUAACUUAUUUUGGAUAUAAGUAUAUAUA